UCGGGGGCAGGGAAACUCCAAACAAAUCUCCACAAGACAGAGGCUGGAUAGGUGGAAAAUUUCAAAAGACAGAGUCUUGCAGCGUAGAGAGUUUGAAACAGCAUUAGGGCAGAUCGGGUUGCAGUAAUUGUUAAGUGAAAGACAAGACAAGGAAGAAGUUACAGAAAAAGAAAAAAGAAGCAUUGUGCAUUAAGAAAAGCAAGGUUGCAGAAAGAGGUGUCUUCUUUUGGCAUAGAAGUGGCUUCUGUGGUCUCCAUUGGCCAUUCUGCUGUGGUCUGUACGACCGGCAGAUUGCAGGAACGCAUCGACAGCAGCGAUAAAACCAUGAGGACUACAGUUCAGGUUCCUGAAGAGAACACCAGACCCUUAAACUCACCACAGCAACAAGCGGCUCGGCCUGGAAAACGCAGAAAACUCAUGACGGCUCCGAAGACUCCGAACAGGAAAAAGAUCAUCAUUACAGUCGUGAUGGUGGUGGUUGUACUGGCCAUUGUGGCUGUGGCUGCUUUCUUCAUCAAGCAGUUGAUUGAGAGCAAGUAUUAUUUUUGCUCCAAGUCAGUGAAGUUCAUUCCGCUGGAGAAGGCCUGUGAUGGGAAGGAGGACUGCAGCGGAGCCGAGGAUGAGUCAGCCUGUGUCACGAAGUUUGGAGUCAACUCCACUUUCCCCCUACGGCUGAUGACAACCCGCAAUGUGCUGCAGAUAUUCAGGCCUGAUGAGAAAAAAUGGAAAAGUGUAUGUGCAGACAGUUUCACCCAACAACAUGCUGAGACUGCGUGCCAACAGCUGGGCUACUCAGCUAAACCCACUUUCAGUGCAGUUCAAGUGGGUAUAUUGCCGACUGAUCUGAAGAUGUCUUUCUGUACGGUGGGCUCAUCUAAACCCCAGACUUUCCAGUCGACUGUAUCAGAUCUUAAAGUAUGCAGUCAGGGAGCAGUCGUUGCGUUAACAUGCUCAGCAGAGUGUGGGUUGUCCAGAAACCAGGACCGGAUUGUAGGCGGACAGGACGCUAUCAUUGAGAACUGGCCGUGGCAGGUCAGCCUGCUGAGCGUCGGCCAGCACACUUGUGGAGGGUCACUGGUGUCUCCGCACUGGGUUGUGACUGCGGCCCACUGCUUCAACGGGGAGGGUAAGAAGGCUCUGAUCCGAUGGAAGGUAGUCUCUGGAAACACUUACCUGGGCUCUGCUGGAGCUUCUUCUGUGGACAAGAUCAUCGUCCACAAAGAUUACAUCUCAGGACGCAACGACUAUGACAUUGCCAUGAUACGACUCCAGUCCCCUAUCACUGUGGGAGAAUCCCGUAGGCCAGUAUGUCUGCCACCUCAAGAUCUUGGCCUCAAAGGAGGAGAUAGCUUAGUUGUGACCGGUUGGGGACAUCUGACAGAAAAAGGAAGUUUGUCUCCAAAGUUACAGAAGGCUCAGAUCCCUCUUAUAGACUCAGCCCAGUGCUCAAGUCCCACAGUGUACGGCACUUCUGUCACUUCCAGGAUGAUCUGUGCAGGUUACCUGACAGGAGGAGUGGAUGCGUGCCAGGGCGAUAGCGGUGGUCCUCUGGUGUAUUCAUACGGCCGCUGGAUGUUGGUGGGUGUUGUGAGCUGGGGUUUGGGUUGUGCCAGACAAGAUCGUCCUGGUGUUUACACCAAUAUGGACCAGAUGCUCGACUGGGUCCAUUCAGUCAUGCAGGAGUACCAGUGAGUCUGGGAUGGAGAAGAAAAACAGUAAAAGCCACAGCACAGAUUCACAGAGAUCUUCAGUCCUCAGAAAGAAGAUAUUCUACUGAAGAUAUAUUGAUUCACACAAAUUUGUGGAGGAAUCGCUGUGGGAGUUUUGCUCAGGGUCUUUAAAGGUGCCAUGCGAAAUAUUUUGCACACUGAAAUAUAUCAUGUAUGUAUAUAAUGAGAACACAUAUGCUAUCUUUUGUGGAUCUAACACAUUUUUUGGGACAGCAAUGCAAUCUUAAAGGAACAGUUUGCCCAUAAAAUGACAGUUCUGUCAUUAUUCACUCACCCUCAUUGCUCUGAGUCAGUAAGACAUUCUUUCUUCUGGGGAAAACAAAAAAAGAUGUUUUAUAGAAUGUUCAAGCUGCAGAAUUGUUAGAAAAAAAGGUUCCAAAUGGGAAUUUAUCACUAAAUUGAUCACAGUUAUGCUAUAGAAUAAUUAGUUUUGGUUCCCUAAAGAACCUUUCGGUGAACAGUUCU